GAACGUGAGCCUCAACUAAAAGAUACAAGUCCCAGCAAUGCACAAGGCACCGCACAUUUGGACGGUACCGAAGUAAGAAUGCUAUUCGCACUCUGCAAGGUUAUAAACUGCACAGUUCAAGUGGAAUCGUCUGAGAGAGGAGAAUGGGGCACAUCAUAUGCAAAUCUAACGGGUGAUGGUAUAUUUGGUCUGAUCACAGAGAGAAGAUCAGAUUUUGCCGUUGGAGCUUUGUAUUUUUGGCCUGAUGACUAUCGUUACCUGGAUAUGUCCCACUUUAUUGGACGCUCCGGUGUGACGUGCCUAGUACCAUCACCGCAUCGUCUCACCAGCUGGUUACUACCAUUUCGGCCAUUUCAAUUGACCCUAUGGCUAGGCGUGAUUGCUUGCUUGUUCCUUGAGGCAUUGGCACUCUUUUUCACACGCUAUAUGGCUCCUUCGGAUGACGAGCCUAAAUAUGGUUUACUGGAGAGUUUUCAAUUUGGUUAUAUUACUACGCUUAAACUUUUUGUAUCGCAGGGCUCGGACUAUGUAGUCAAUUCGCAUACGGUACGCAUGGUGCUCUUUGCAUGCUACACGAUCGAUACGAUUGUGACGAGUGUCUAUGGUGGCGGACUAUCGGCAAUACUAACGCUGCCAACCUUGGAGGAAGCUGCUGACUCAGUAGAACGUCUACAUAGUCAUGGUAUUCCAUGGACUGCAACAUCACCUGAUUGGGUAAUCUCACUCAGAGGAGAAGGAAAUACUGAUCCAUUUGUUGAAGAUUUGUUGAGGAAUUACCGCGUUUACACUUAUGAACAAACUACUGAAUUGGCUAAAACUGAAAAUAUGGGCUUUAUCUUGGAACGAUUGGCUUUUGGUCAUUUUGGCAACGUUGAGUUCCUCACCGAUGAAUCUUUUAAACGCCUUAAGCUAAUGGUAGACGAUAUUUACUUUCAGUACUGCUUCGUCUUUGUGCCACGUCUCUGGGCUAUGCUCUCCAAGUUAAAUGACGUCAUAUUGGAAGUGCAUUCAACAGGUUUGGAUAUUUUUUGGGAAUGGGAGGUAGGCGCCUAUUAUAUGGAUGGACAACAGCAAGAAGAAAUCGAAGCUUCAAUGUAUAUGAAUUUCGAUGUGGGUCCAGUCAAAUUGGAUAUGGACAAUUUUGUUGGUCUUGUGUUGCCAUUGAUUUUUGGCCUGAUAUUGAGUAUUUUCGCAUUCAUCGGCGAAUUGAUUUACUACAAGUAUACUCAGAGACGAGAUCGUAGGCGGGAUAAUGAAGAAAGAAAGAGAGCUGAAUUAAAAUCGGCAUAA